AUGGAGGAGGCCAGAGCAAUUGUGUGGUGCACAGUCCUCGGUCCAGAGCUUACAGAGCCAACACCUCCGGUACUCAUGUCUUCCAAACCGAUCAGCGUGUUGAUAACCGGAGCGAACAGGGGCCUGGGUCUGGAGAUGGUCCGACAAAUGGCGGAGACGCAGGGUCCUAUCCGUGCGCUGUUCGCCUGCUGCAGAGACCCAGGGGGACCCAGAGCUGAGGCUUUGCAAGCUCUGGCAAAGAAGCACAAAGACACAAUCAAAGUUGUUUGUAUGGACACUGCUGACCAGAGCAGCAUCAAGCAGUCAGCUCAACAGGUGGGCUCACUGCUGGAAGGGAAGGGCCUCAAUAUCAUCAUCAACAAUGCUGGAAUCUUAACCCACUCUACUGUAGCUGAUUCCACUCCAGAGGACAUGGCUAGCUGCUUCAACACCAAUGUGAUUGGCCCCAUGAGAGUCAUUCAAGAGUUCCUUCCUCAUCUACGGACAGCUGCAAAGGACAGUGGGAUGUCUGGGAUGCACUGCCGAAAAGCUGCUGUGGUCAAUAUUUCCUCUUCUCUCGGAUCAGUCCAAUCUGCCCUGCAGUCAUACGAAGGCUUUAAGGCAGUUCCAUACCGCGUUAGCAAGGCGGCUCUGAACAUGCUGAAUGCGUGCGCUACUGUUGAGCUCCAGAAGGACGAGAUCCUGUGCGCCCUGCUGCACCCGGGAUGGGUCCAGACCGACAUGGGCGGAGAAAAUGCCUCAAUAAACGCUGAGGAGAGUGUCCAGGGGAUGCUGCAGGUGAUAAACUCCCUCACUGAGAAGCACAACGGAGCUCUGCUGGAUUACAGAGGCCAGACCAUCCCCUGGUAG